CAACCUAUUAUACCAUGCCAAUACGGUGUGGCUAACCAAGUCAACUCUGUGUUGUACAUUCGUGACUUUUGAGAUUCGAACUGCUUGCAAGAAAUUACUGAAGUUGAUAACAAACAAGGAAACAAGUGAAGACGGCAGAUUCAUUAGUAGAAUCAUCUGUCAUCUCAAGCAAGAUUGUAACUAUACAACUGAACAAGAAGUGAAGAGGUCUAUUGAAGGAAUUCAACACAAAUUGGAUAUUCAUGCAGAACAUAGGAAAACCAGCUAUUUCAAACAACUAGUUACUAAAUACAUCCAACUGACAGUACCUAAUGGAUUGACCCAUCCAACAUGAGCCAUUUUAUACCUGCUCAUCAGAUUAGCAUAUUGCUCAAUUAAACAUAUUUACCACACAUCAGAUGGGUACAUUCUGCAAAACCUUAACAGUGGGACUAACAAAUAUUUCCAUCAGCACCUUGAACAUGCUGAAACCCAACAAGUGUCUAGUAAGAAAAUAACACAAUCAAUGCCUGAAACUGUAAUAGUUUCUUGUUAUUCCUUCACUUCAGAAAGUGAAGAGAAUAACAUGCAAGCUAUCAAAAGCCAUGAAAUAGUUCAUCAAAAAUCAUGUCUAACUGCAAGCAAUAUUCCCACAUUUGCUAGACAAAAACAAUGCUCCAUCAAAAACCUUUCCUUGAAUGGUUUAUUUAAAAAAAAAUAUGGGAAGGAUUCCACAUCAAAAAUUUUGACUGAAUAUUAUGUACUGCAUGAAGUUUUGUGGACUCUUCAUCGAUCUUGUGGGAAUAAAAACACCACUGUGAAAUCCACAGAAAGUGGCAAUCACACUAAAGUGCUUACUGUUGCUGGCCUUCCAUCCUUUUGUGUGAAUUGUUUUAACCCUUUAGUGAAGGCCCUGGAGGAGAUCAACUUCUUUCUCAACAACUCAGGCCCCCAAGAGCAAACAUUAACUUAUCAAGCAUAUACAGUAGCACUCAGUGAUGUUGUAACAGAGUUCAAUCAAUCAGUUGCAGACUACGAAAAGGGUGUUGCUCAGCAAAAGGCUACAAGUACUAUAAGUCAACUUUUGCUACGUCUAAAAUCAUGGACAUUCACUAUUAGAGCAAUAGCUGCAAUGCACACAACAAUAAUGCAAAUGUCUUCGUCUGUGGCGGACAAUAAUACUCGCAUCACCCACCUGUUAUCAGUUGUAUACGACUCAGCCCAAAAAGCGCAAGUUACCAACUACUGUACGCUUUAUCCGGUUCUGCUGAAAAUCCUAUUUGCAUCGCUGGAACCUUUUUUUAACAUGGUUGAUCUGUGGCUAGAUCGAGGGGUAAUCGUGGACCCUUACCAGGAGUUUGGCAUUUUACGCAAUGAAGCCGUUUCACCUCAAGAUGAGCGUUUCUGGUCUAAAGUCUUUGUGUCUCGUACCACUCAACCUUUGAUUAGCUUUCUAAAGCCUUUAAUGGACGAUAUCUUGUUGGGAGGCCGUUCUGUUGAACUUCUAACUCAACUUAAAAGAAAGUCAAUGCGUGUUAAUGGUGGUUGUCCAGCAGGCACGCUGAUGCAAACCUUUAGAAACCGCUUCAGUAGGUUCGCAUCAGGCUAUUUCGAAUGUGGAAAACUUCUCCAUUCGUCAAAUGUCACGGUGACGACCAAGAAGGAUCUUAAACAGGAAGUUAGGAAUCCGCUCUUGGCCAAGGCUUUUGAAACUCUCCGGAAUCAUUCCAACCGAAGCAAACGUUCUAAAGAUGACGGAGUUUGUGUACCAUUGGAAUUCUAUCCCCUUUUACCUUUGCUGGAAAGAAGUCUACUGGAACCGUUGCGCAGUCGCCAGCGUCUGGUAUGCAGGGCACUUCUCGAUACCUUAUACGAAGACUGUUGCCUCAAAUUACACAUCUUGACUAUUCGUCGUAUUCACUUGAUGCAAGCCGGAGACCUAAUGGGUCGCUUUUGCCAACAACUUUUCCAAAAGCUCGAAACCGGUGAAAAGUGGGACAACGAAUCAAGCCUUACGUUAUCUCUGCUCAACUGUAUCUCUUCUAGAAUGGACCAAUGUGGCUCCUACCUUUCUGUAACCAUUAAAAGAGGAAGCAUUCAACAAACACCAGCAAAUUUGGUGGAUGUACAAAUCAAUUACAAAGUUCCGUGGCCAGUCAACUUGGUUAUCACACAAGAUUCGAUAUUCCACUACAAUAGCGUGCUCCGUUUUCUUAUGCAAAUUAAGCAAGGAAUGUUUUCACUUCAACACUUAUCGUUCAAAGAUCUCAGUUGUAUGGACGUUGCAAACGUUACCCACCCAAGGCAACAGGAACUGUUAUCAGCUAACCGUCAGCAUAGAUUGCAACUGUUACGGGCUUGGCUGCUUUAUUUUAUUUCUAGUGUGGACAACUACAUAAUGGAGUGUGUUUUAGAAUCAUCACAUAUUCGAUUGGAUAUGCAACUAGAAAAUGCAGUUCAUCUUGGUCAAAUAAUCGACAGCCACCAAGAAUAUGUUAUUUCUAUACAUAAACAAUGCCUGCAACAACCGUCGGGGGCCUUUUUGCGCGAUGCCAUCAACGAGGUGUUAUCCAUUGCACGUGAAGUAGUGAUUGCUUGGAAGAAUGGACUCGAGCUGGAGAAGUUAAAUAAACUUGAGGAAAAUUACGUGAGGCAUCAUCAAUUUGUGGCAGCUGUCCUGGGCACUGAUAGCGUCCAUUCCAUGCUUCCUCAUGUCGAAACCCUUGCAGCUGCCUUAAUCCAUAGUUGCCCAGCAACUCGGUAAACUAAGCCACUUUCAUGAUUCUACAUUUUUUUCCCACCUAGUGCCUUUUAAUUAUUAAUUUCGAAGCAUUUGGAAACUAGAUCGUACUAAUCAAACGCAAAUGAGCACUAAUCGCUCAAAUUACUCCCGAGGAAUAAAUAAUUGUCAAUCUCA